UCUCUCCGAGAAAGGAAGUGAGUUCUGCCUGUGAGCCCACGUGGAGCACCUGGAUUAGAGUCGUCUGUCUUCUCCUUGGUCAUUAUGGAACAGAAUAGUUCCUGCUUUGAGUCAGAACUAGAUUUCUGCCCCGAAUGUGGUACAGUCCUUCCAUUACCAGGUCUUCAGGAUAAGGUGGCAUGUCGCUUUUGCGCCUUCUUCAUUGAUGUGCAAGAAUUUGAAAAGAGAGUUAUUGAUACAUCAGUCACCUUCAACAGGACAGAUACCACAUCUUCGGAAGUGGAUGGAGGAAAAGCAGUCAAAGGACCACUGAUUGAUCGGAAGUGUCCCCAGUGUGGGCAGGAGGGCAUGACAUACCAUACUCGGCAGAUGAGGUCUGCAGACGAAGGGCAGACAGUCUUCUACACCUGCAUCCGCUGCAAGUUCCAGGAGAAGGAAGAUUCUUGAUUGACUUCUGAAAUGUAGUAAAUGUGAAAUGACUCACUUUCUAGUACAUCUAGAAAUAAUCUUUCUAGUGUGGCUGUGGCAUCAUAAUGCACUCAGUUGCUGUGGAAGUAUCUUCUUGAUGGAUAUGGAUUAUUUGUGGAUGGCGUUUGGAGUUAUCUGCAGUGGGACACACCAACAGCCACAGGUUUCAAAUGAUAGAAGAUAAGUCAGGGAGAUGGUCAUGCCAGCCAUCCAAAAUCUUAUGGCCUUAUUCAGUUUCUGGCUCUCUUGUUUGGUCAGGGGAAUGAAAGAAAAGUAAUGCUAAAUACAUUGAAGACUAAGCAUUUUGUUGCAGCCGUUAUUCCCAUAUUGGGAAAAAGAAAAACAAUAUAAAUUAUAUAAAUAAAUAUUUGCAAGUUUUACUAUU